AUGUCGCGCCCAUGUGGAGUUAUUGUUGCACGAGCAACAUUGAACAGUGCAGAGGGUGUUGGCAGCGUUACCGACAUGAUCAAGCACGUUUACACCCGUCCGCGCGCACGCAAAAUCAACCACGUCAUAUACGACUCUGCCUGCAUUGCUCGGCGUCUGGAGAAGGUAAAAGACGAUCCUUGGUGGCAGGACAUCGGCCUGACUGUCGACACAUUCCACUUCAAGUGCAAACACAAGGAAACAGAUGUCGACUGCCAACGCUACUGUAAUCCAGCUGACUACCCAGAGCUCGUAGAUGGAGACAGCUGGUUCUUUAACUCUUCGAUAGCGGAGCAGACAAACUCUUGGUUUGGUGGAUACAAUUCCAUUGUUCGUGAGAUGCGAUCGACGAAGUAUAAUUACUUCCUCGAUGAAGUGAUUCUGCGACGGAAUGCCGCCCUUGUACACAAACUCGAAGCAGAAGGACGGAUAUUUUACUUUACCUAG